AUCACAAACUUCUUCCUCCUUCGAUCUCAGUUCUGCAAAUUCCACACUCCUCCUUUGAUCUCUCUCUCUUUCUCCCAAAUUUCAGGAUUAGAGAUUUAUCAUUGGAGGAGAUAGAAUUCGUGGAACGAACAGAGAAAUCUGUUUCUAUCUGUUAGUGUAGAAUUCUUCGACAGUAGAUCGAGAUCUUUCUCUUCAUUCGCAUUCUACGUUGGCGGUUUGUGGAGGCUGAAGCGAAGAGGCGGAAAUGUUGGGGGUUUUCAUAACUAGAGGUCUUGUGAUGCUAUUCGGAUAUGCAUACCCUGCGUUUGAGUGCUACAAAACGGUGGAAAAGAACAGAAUCGAGAUUGAACAACUCCGAUUUUGGUGUCAAUAUUGGAUCAUCGUUGCAGUGCUGACAGUACUUGAGAGGAUUGUGGAUGUUUUUGUCUCAUGGUUACCCAUGUAUGGUGAACUAAAGUUAGCAUUCUACAUCUACUUAUGGUACCCAAAAACCAAGGGAACAAGCUAUGUAUAUGAGACAUUCUUGCUGCCUUAUGUUGCAAAGCAUGAGACACAUAUCGAUCGGAAGUUGCUGGAACUGAGGUAUAAAGCCUGGGAUUUGGCUAGUUACCAUCUGCAGAACUGUGCCAGUUAUGGACAGAACACAUUCUUCCAAUUCCUCCAAUAUUUGGCUUCUCAAACUUCAAAGGCAAAAGGCCCCAGAUCACAGAAUGUGGACCCACAACCUCCCAAUUCAUCUCCUCCUCCUCCUCCUCCAAGGGCAAUGGGACGGCAGCCGGCUGAUGAGCAGACUCAACAGUCAAGUAAGAAGAGGACUUCGACACCCCCCCAGUCUCCAAUUUCUAUGAAACGGACAGAGUUCCAAUGGCCAAAAUCUGAUGUUGUGCAAGAGCAACAGCCCUCCAACAUACCACCUGAAGCUACUGUGGUGAAUACAACCAUAUCGGCAUCCUCCGAUGACUCAACCGGUCCUCCUGCCUCUGAAGAAGCCGAUAUGGAUGAAACACUACGUGCAGCUCGGACCAGACUCCGGCGUUCCCAUUCCCGACCAAAAGAAUGAAAGGGAAAAAAAAAAAGA